AUGGUCGGGCUCCUCCCCGAGACCAAUGCCGCGGCGGAGACCGACGUCCUCCUCGACGCCUGGGACUUCAAGGGCCGCCCGGCCCCGCGCGCCACCACCGGCCGCUGGGGCGCCGCCGCCAUGAUCCUAGUGGCGGAGCUGAACGAGCGGCUGACCACGCUGGGCAUCGCCGUGAACCUGGUGACGUACCUCACGGGCACCAUGCACCUGGGCAACGCCGAGUCCGCCAACGUCGUCACCAACUUCUCGAUUCUGGGCACAUUCAUUCUUCAUGCGUGCUCUGCCUCCUCGGCGGAUGGGUCCGCCGGUCAAUCCCCUCUGUCAUUUCAUCAUCGACUGCUUGGGCUCCUCGGCCGAUACCUCACCAUCGCCAUCUUCACCGCCUCUAAAAAGAACGCGCACCCAAACAGACAGGCAUCGGGCGUGACGAUCCUGACGAUCUCGACGGCGGCGCCGGGUCUGCGUCCGGCGGCGUGCUCCGGCAACACCGGUGAGUGCGCGCGCGCGUCGGGCGCGCAGCUGGGCGUGAUGUACCUCGCCCUGUACCUGACGGCGCUGGGCACGGGCGGGCUCAAGUCGAGCGUGUCCGGCUUCGGCUCCGACCAGUUCGACGAGUCGGACCGGGGCGAGAAGCACCAGAUGAUGCGCUUCUUCAACUGGUUCUUCUUCUUCAUCUCCCUCGGCUCCCUGCUGGCCGUCACCGUGCUCGUCUACGUCCAGGACAACCUGGGCAGGCGCUGGGGCUACGGCGCCUGCGCCUGCGCCAUCGCCGUUGGGCUCGUCGUCUUCCUCGCCGGCACGCGCAGGUACCGGUUCAAGAAGCUGGUGGGGAGCCCGCUCACGCAGAUCGCGGCCGUCGUCGUGGCGGCGUGGCGGAAGCGCCGGCUCCCGCUGCCCGCUGACCCCGCCAUGCUCUACGACAUCGACGUCGGUAAGGCUGCCGCCGCUGCGGCCGAGGAAGGUUCCGGCAAGAAGAGCAAGCGCAAGGAGCGCCUCCCCCACACCGACCAGUUCCGCUUCCUGGACCACGCCGCCAUCAACGAGGAGCCGGCGGCGGAGCCGAGCAAGUGGCGGCUGGCGACGCUGACGGACGUGGAGGAGGUGAAGACGGUGGUGCGGAUGCUGCCCAUCUGGGCAACCACUAUCAUGUUCUGGACGGUGUACGCGCAGAUGACCACCUUCUCGGUGUCGCAGGCCACCACCAUGGACCGCCACAUCGGGUCCUCCUUCCAGAUUCCCGCCGGUUCGCUUACCGUCUUCUUCGUCGGCUCCAUCCUCCUCACCGUCCCCGUCUACGACCGGAUCGUGGUGCCCGUGGCGCGCCGCGUGAGCGGCAACCCGCACGGCCUCACCCCGCUGCAGCGGAUCGGCGUGGGCCUCGCCCUCUCCGUGGUGGCCAUGGCGGGCGCCGCGCUCACGGAGAUCAGGCGGCUCCGCGUGGCGCGCGACGCCGCCGUGCCCGCGGGCGGCGUGGUGCCCAUGUCCGUGUUCUGGCUCAUCCCGCAGUUCUUCCUGGUGGGCGCCGGCGAGGCGUUCACGUACAUCGGCCAGCUCGACUUCUUCCUCCGCGAGUGCCCCAAGGGGAUGAAGACCAUGAGCACGGGGCUGUUCCUCAGCACCCUGUCGCUGGGGUUCUUCGUCAGCUCCGCGCUCGUCGCCGCCGUGCACAGGGUCACGGGCGACCGCCACCCCUGGAUCGCCGACGACCUCAACAAGGGCAGGCUCGACAACUUCUACUGGCUGCUCGCCGUCAUCUGCCUCGCCAAUCUGUUCGUCUACCUCGUCGCCGCCAGGUGGUACAAGUACAAGGCCGGACGACCCGGCGCCGACGGCAGCGUCAACGGCGUCGAGAUGGCCGACGAGCCCAUGCUCCACUGA